AUGGAAUCCAUGAAGAAACUCAGACAAGCUGCUACCCCACUAACCCCUCGGCUGAGAAAGAUCUUAAGAAAAGAGGGAGUGUUACGUGUACCAAACAGAAAAAGAGGCUGUGGAGGGGGUAAGACUAUUGUGCACAACAUUCGGACUGUUGUUGGCAGGAGACCUGACCAGAAUAAGCCUCAAAUGUUUUGGAUAAUCAAAGUCACCAUCCAGAAUAAUAGGCCAACAGACCAUGCCAUGUUAACAACUUUUCUGAUGACGAACCCCAGAUCUCUUGUCUAUAAGAUUGGUGAGCUGCAGUCUGUUCUGAUACAAAACCAUGUGGAUGUGGCUGCAAUUUCAGAAACCUGGUUUAGUUCCCAUAAACCUGAAGAAUUAUUGGGUAUUGAUGGCUACACCUUGUUUUCCAAAUGCCGCAGCACUCGCCGUGGUGGUGGUAUUGCAUUGUACAUCAGAGACUGUGUUCCAUGUUACCCCCUAACCUGCAUUAAAGUUCCACAACAUCUAGAAUGUUUUUGGGUGAAGGUGAGACCCCCAAGACUCCCCCGGAACAUAUCUGCUAUUGCUGUGUGUGUGGUGUAUUCACCACCUAAAUCGCCACAUGAAGAUGAACUCAUUGAUCAUCUCAUAGCCUCAGCUGAUUUGCUCCGUACUAAAUACCCAGACAUUGGACUUGUAAUUCUUGGAGAUCUUAACCACCUUGACAUCCGUGACAUUUGCCUGGAUAAUAAACUUUGCCAAGUGGUUGAGAAUAAUACCAGAGGUGAAGCCAUCCUCGACAAAAUUAUCACAAACAUGAAACCAAUGUAUUUGAAGCCUGAGAUUCUCCCUGCCCUUGCCUCAAGUGACCACAACUGUGUUCUCUGGAGCCCCAAAGCACAAUCAUGUCCACCUCAGUGCAUUAAACGGGUAGUUCAACCUAUAAGGGAGCCUGGUUUGAGUGAGUUUUGUAGGUGGAUUACCACCCAUCCAUGACAGGAGGUGACUGAAGCAACCAGCACCAAUGAAAAGGCUAAUGCUUUUUACAAUACUAUUGUGUCUAAAAUUAAUAGAAACUUUCCUGUGAAGACAGUGAAAAUCUAUCCAUCAGACAUGUCAUGGAUCACCCCCAAAAUCAAACACCUCAUUUACCAGAGACAAAAGGCUUUUAAAUCUGGAAAAUCAUGUGCUUUGGCACAGUUCUACAAAAAUAAGGUCCAAAAGGAAAUAUAUGCUGCGAAAAAGAACUUCUACAAGUCUAGAAGGAAUGGAAAAAGCUAAUUCCAGAGCUUGGCAAAACAAUAUCAGAUCAAUGUGCAGUAAAACUCAGAAAAAGGAGGCCCGGAUCGAUGUCCCAGUAAUGAACCCCCAGGACUUGUCAAGGUGUCCCAGUCACUGGAGCCUCUGGACUUCUCAGCUUUACCCUCCUUCCUACCACCCCCCUCACUGCCCACUAUACCAGUGUGGGAAGUGUAUAAUAGAUUGUCUUCCAUUGACUGUCAUAAGUCCCCUGGCCCAGAAAUGAUCCCCCCCAAAAUAUUGAAGGAGUUUGCAUGUGAGAUCAGUAUUCCUCUUUGUGACAUCAUCAACUGUUCAUUUGAUGAAGGGAUUGUGCCUAGAAAAUGGAAGGAGGCUACUGUUGUCCCUAUACCAAAGUCAUCCCCAUGCAACAAAGAGCCGACAGAACCAUUCCACAACACACAAUCUGGUCAGUCUUAUGGAUUUUAUGUACAGGACCAGUGAUGUUUCAGGCUCAGUAUGUACAGUAAUUACAACAGACUUUGCCAAGGCCUUUGAUGCUGUCGACCACACUGUGGCAGUACAGUGUCUCCUGGAUCUAGGAGUGAGACCAAGUUUGAUUCCAUGGAUCUGCAGCUUCAUGACAGAUCGGCAGCAAAAAGUGCGCUACCUGGGACAUCUGUUCGAUUGGGAAUAUCCCACAUGUGGAGUCGCUCAGGGGACUGUAUUGGGACCGAUAGUCUUCCUAGCACUGAUUAACAGCGCCCUCCAGGAUGGACCACAUCACUGGAAAUAUGUGGAUGAUAUGACUAUAGCCCAGUCGUGGAGCCCCAAGGUCCCCUGUACUCUCCAACAGACCCUGAAUGGCCUUGACACCUGGGUAAAUGAGCACAAAAUGAAGCUCAAUCCAAGUAAAUGCAAAGUUGUACAUGUCACUGGCAUGAGACAAAAAAAACUGCCCUACCAACACUGUCCAUAA